AUGUUCUCACAGCUACGAGUUCACCUCGUCGUCCACAAGGGCAGCGGUGGAGGCAAAGGCGGCAAAAUGAUGAGGCGUGUAGAAAAGGCGUUACGAAGAAAUUUCAGUGCCAUCACCAUUCGGGAGCUAACAGGCAGUGAGGCUCUGGCGGAACAUAUGGAUCCUACCGGGCAUGCAGUUGGAAGCGGAACAGAAGUGAUGCAAGACACAAACCCAACUGCAGGCAGGGAUCGCACAACCGAUGGAGUCGUAGCAAAUGAAGGCGUUGAAGGUGAGUUGAUUCCUUGUUUGGCCCUGUGUGUGGAUAUCAUCACCACAGAGGGUGCAUUACGUGUAAGGGAGGUCGUAGAGGAACUCGCGUGUCGGGUGGUGAGCGGCAUUCUCCGAAAUGCACUUGGGUCGGGCAAUGGGACAAAUAUGGCGAUAGAUCCAGUGACAAAUGAAGUGAAGAGUGUUUGGACGAAAGUUUUUAAUGUGUUUGCCGUCAUUGGUGGAGAUGGCUCGUUAGGUGAGGCCGUUAAUGGGCUCUGCUUCGGAACUCUCAAAGCCUAUCGUAGUGGAUUUUGUACUGCACUCGACACUGCAGCUUGCAGUCGUCCAGAUUCCAUGCACUACUACCGUGGGAUGCUUGAGGACCGGGCAAUACUGCGUCACUUUCUACCACCCGUAAUGUAUGUACCCGCAGGAACAGGCUCGGACUUCGCUAGAACCAGGUUGUGCUGUCUCAAUGCCGAAGAGUUCGUAACCGUUCUAAGAGACAUGCACGAAUACCUUGCAUUUACCAGUGAUGGGGAAGGGUCGCAGCGUACUAUAAAAUACAGCACUUGUUUGCCCAUUGGUAGCCCCUCGAGCGCCUCAACAAGCGGAUCCAUUGAUUGCUCUGUGGGCCCAGAUUGCGCUAGCGGCGGCAGCACCGAAGCCUGCGGUAAGGGUCCCAAAUCGCUGUCGCGUAGAUUUGCGGUGUACGACGUGGACGUCUCUCGAAUCACAUUCCCUCGGAGUGGGCGCACGCGCUUUUUUAUCAAUGAGUGCUCGUGUGGUAUGUCAUGUGACGUGAUCUCACGUUGCGAAAAAUACAAACAGUCAUGUACAGCUUCAUUCGUUGCGGGCCCGGUACUGUUUGCAGCAGCAUCUGUGGCUUCUGUUAUGCGGAUGAAGCCCAGAUCCUUCCGGGUUUUCCCCCUUCCUGAUUUCCCCACGCCGCCGCCCUCUAUGGGUCACCAGCACAAAGUGCCUGUCGUUGGUGUGCUGCAUCCGCGUCAUCUCUCCAUGGGGGUAGCGGUCUCCGGGAUGUGCGAGGAAAUGUCGUGGUUACAACGCUGUGAAGAAGUUGGUGCUUUAUCCCCCAGUACGGAACCGUUACGUGUAGACGCCAACUAUUACAUUUACAAAUAUGAUAGGGAAGGGGGAUACCCGUCGACGCCUGAUUUAUCCGGCGGCGCUGUUGGAGCGCAGUCAACCGACAUAGGUAGUGAAAAAGAAACCGUUAUCAAUCCAUUCUACACUGAUUGGAGGUGCGAAAGUGCGUCUAACACGAAGGAACUUCUUUCCAUCUUAGAUAGAAACGGUGUGUAUGAUCGGUGGACAUGUUUCUCCUCUUCCACACUCGUAUUUGGUAACGGGCGCUGGUUCGGUGGUGGGCUGCAAGUCGCCCCACACGCCAAUCCAACGGACGGCCUGUUGAGUGUGACGAAUUGGGUAGCAAGUCCCUGCCAGUUCGUCAUGGGUGCACCGUCUUUGUACAAUGGCAACCAUAAACGUUGGCGCAGCACGACAAUUUGGAACACAAGUAGGUGCAUCAUGGAUGUUGAUACUAUCUCCACACAAGAGCCGAAAUUUCCCGAUUCCUCUCCGCCGAACCCCGUGGGUACUGAUGUUAAGUGUAAUGGGGAGCAGGUUGAGGGCACGGAAGAGAUACUAAACGGCGGUGGGGGGGCGCCAGACAAAAUAAUGAUGUGGUGUGAAGCCGAUGGUGAGUUGUGCGAACCCAUCCCUGCCAUCGUGGAGGUGACCACCACUGUUUCGAUGAUAUUACCACUACGGACAGUGUUUUAA